GGCGUUUGUGUGUGUGAUAAGGAUAAGGAGGAGGAGAAAAGAAGGAAAGAGAGAAGGAGGAGGAGGGAUGAGGGGGGGCGUGGAUGGGGGGCAAGAGACCCCGUCGUGUUUUGACCCUCCGAAACCUCCCCGCACACCGCCACCAUCACCAUCACCACCACUCCACCUCCUCCUUCUCUGCACCUCCUCCUCCUCCUUCUCUCCUCUGGAGGCUGAAAACACCAUUGCUCAUUCCCAGCCGUGACAUUUUCCAGCCUGUCGCCGUAUGCUGAGCGGACAGCCAAACGCGAGGAGCCAGGAAAGAAAGAAGAAGAAGAAAAAAACUGGGGGGGAAAGGAGGGACGCUGUCUGUGAGUCCGUCUUCCACAGCACCGAGCAUCCCGACGCUCUGCGAUCCGGAGCGACAGGCGCACCAGAAGGAGGCGAGGCGCUGCAGGAAGCCGCCGCUCCCUUUCACACCGGGGGAUUGUGGACUACACCGGACACGGCCCGAGCAGGACAGGAUACGGCGAGCGUUUACGUCUCGGACCCCGGAAGGCAGAGGAAGGGAGCAAAGCACGCUGCGCUAGCCGAGCAGCGCAUCAUCAUCCCCGGUGUAGGACUGGCUGUCGGGUCGCAUGGAGAAGAGGUAUGAAGAGCUGGUGCACUACUCAGGGUCAGAGGGCAUGUCGGUGGGGGGGUACGGGGACGAAGUCCGGGGGCUUCCUCCCCCGCAGUACGGACCCACCAUCCCCGACUCCCUCAAACACCACAAGGACCAGAUCUACGGUCACCCACUGUUUCCACUGCUGGCCUUAGUGUUUGAGAAGUGUGAGCUGGCCACCUGCUCCCCUCGAGACUCCACCUCCCUGUCAGCAACCUCCCACCUCCCCGGCAUGACCAAUCACAGCGACGUCUGCUCCUCCGAAUCCUUCAACGAUGACAUCGCCGCCUUCGCAAAGCAGAUUCGGUCAGAGAAACCCAUUUUUUCUUCCAACCCUGAGCUGGACAAUUUGAUGAUCCAGGCCAUACAGGUUCUUCGCUUUCAUUUACUGGAGUUAGAGAAGGUGCACGACCUGUGUGAUAAUUUCUGCCAUCGCUACAUCACCUGUCUGAAGGGCAAAAUGCCCACAGAUCUCGUGCUGGACGAGCGAGAGGGUGGGUCCAAGUCUGACAUGGAGGACUUCACCGGGUCCUGCACCAGUCUGUCGGAGCAGAAUGCAUCGUGGUUACGAGAGCCAGAUGAAUGUGCCACUACUCCUCUGGGAACGCCAGGCACCUGUGGCCUACCUUCACACAGCACAGCAGACAACUGUAGUGAUGCAGGCGAUGGUCUCGAUGGAGGCGUGGCCUCUCCCAGCACAGGUGAGGAGGACGAGACGGACAGAGACAGGAGGAACAACAAGAAGAGGGGGAUCUUCCCUAAAGUGGCCACAAACAUCAUGAGAGCUUGGCUCUUCCAGCACCUGUCGCAUCCGUACCCAUCUGAGGAGCAGAAGAAGCAGCUGUCACAGGAUACAGGACUGACCAUCUUACAGGUCAACAACUGGUUCAUCAAUGCCAGGAGGAGAAUAGUCCAGCCAAUGAUUGAUCAGUCAAAUCGCUCAGGUCAGGGUGGUCCCUACAGCCCGGAGGGCGCGGCUCUCGGGGGCUACGGGCUCGACGGCCAGGCCCACCUCGGGCUUCGAACAGCAGGUCUCCAGGGAAUGUCCUCCCUGCAGGGUGACUACCCCGGCGCUCUCCUGUCCCAACCAGGCUAUCCUCCCCACCCAGGACCGUCCCUCCAUUCUUACCCUGGCCCGCACCCUCACCCGGCCAUGCUGCUCCACCCACCGCCUCACGCACACCCCGCAGAGCCGCUGCUCACCCAAGGACUGGACAUACACGCACACUAGUUGUGGGCGUAUGUGGUGUGUGUGUGAGAGAGAGAGAGAGAGAGAGAGGGUAAUUGCCGUUUGAAUGUGUGUAUAUGUUUGGAGGGAUAUGUAUGCGUGUGUGUGCGUGCGGCUGAAUAUGUGUAAUGAAGGUACACUAUUUAAAGAAAAAAAGACACAUUUCUCCAAAAGUUUACAUUCCCCACUGAAAGACACUGACCUCAAUGUAGCUGUUCCACUCUUCAACACACAUGCACACACAAACACACACACACACACUCACACAAGUGGACGUGACCCAUGCGUUAGUCUGGACCCACAGGUUUAAGCCAUACCUCUUUCAGAGUAGAAGUGCUUCCCUCUCUUUAAAUGACUCCACUGUGUCCUGUGGGUGAGACAUAUGCUUUAAACUACACUUCCCAUCAUGCCUGCUGAACCACAGGAAGACCCAGGGAUCGGAUCAGACACACCGAUGAAUACUCAUCCUGGACUUUUUGCCACAGCACGGGGCUCAGGUCCUGUGAGCACGCCUUCUUCACUCCUCCCUGUCUUCCUACACACGUUUGACUGUCAGAGACUGACACACACACACACACAUACACACACACUCCCCUUCACACACACACUUUAUUUAAAGCUUUGUUUUUUUGUUUUUUGUUUUUUGUGUUGUUAGUUUUUUUGUUAGUUUUUUCUUAUUCUAUUUUUAUAUUUAUGCGCGCCACUCUAGGCGGCUGCAGCUUCACGUGAGUUUAUUGAAAUAUUAGUGCUCUUCCUCAGCAUGAAGCUAAACACUAUGAAUGACUUCCAGUCUGCCUCGCUAUCGUACCACUGACCUCCUUAAGACGCCUGCAGGCGUCCGUUACCUUAGGAUCUUUCCUAUACACACGCACAUGCACAUACACACACAUUGCAGUAAACACUACAUUGAAAGCCAUUGCAGCACACACACACACACACACACGCACACACACACAAAGUCCUCUGUAAGCAUUUCUAUUACAGUGUUGUCUGUCACAGCGGUGUGUGAGGGGAGCUGCAGCCAAAGGACUCUUUAAACAUUCGGCUCCCUCUCCACUCUGCUUGGACUGCUGAAGUAUUUCUGAAUGAUUAUGAUGAUGAAGAUGAUGAUGGGAAUACAGUUAAAGUAUUAAAACAUUUUUUAUAAAA